CCUGCCUCACAAAGAUAGUGACACACCUUCUCACACGUUUUGAUGUAACUGACUGACUGACAAAGAUACACUGAUGAUCAUUAGAAGGAUUCUUACUGGCUGCUCAAGUACAUGUACCGUACCUUUACUGUUCCAGUCAAGAAGUUGUAGUGGUAAUGUAUCAUAUGGUGACAAGUUGUACGACUCUCACGUUCCAACAACGUCCUUGCAAAGACUAGCUCUUACUGUUGGAGCAGGGAUUGGAGGACUGUGUAAACCAGAAAGAGUGGAUUUCAUCUACACGUUUGGUGAAGUUACAGGAUGGUACGCACUCCAGUGUAUGCACCAGAAAAUGUUAAAAGAUGAAACUGGACAGGAAAUUCUCCAUGAAAAACCCAGACUUAGAUCUUCCACUCUUAAUCUUGAGAAACUCCGGACGCUUCCUGAUAAAACCCUAGGUAGAGAAUACGUUAGAUUCCUGGACUAUUAUGGUUAUACUCCAGAAGGAAGAGCCAGUGUUAGGUAUGUAGAUGACUUUGAGCUGGCUUAUGUUAUGCAGAGAUACAGAGAGAUACAUGAUUUUGUUCAUACACUGUUACAAGUACCUACUAGUGUUUAUGGCGAGAUAGUUGUGAAACAAUUUGAAGGCGUACAGACCGGAUUGCCACUGUGUGUACUUGGAGGGUUUAUACCACCAGCAGUCAAACUAUCAUACAAGGAGCAAGUUGAAUUGUUAACUGUUUACGGUCCUUGGGCAUUAAGCAAUGGAUUUCAAGCAAAGUUUUUAAUGAAUGUCUAUUUUGAGAAGCAUCUAGAGGAGUCUCUUGAUGAACUUCAACAGAAACUGAACAUCAGACCCCUACCAAAUGGUUCACUAAACUCUGACAUAUGGACUAAAUGAUAAUAAUAAUAACUUGUACACACAUUAGUUGAUCUAUCAUUACAAAUUGAUCACAAAAUCACACUCACUACAUAGGUAUAGUUAUAAAAUUGAGUUCACUCAUUUUUGGUUAUUAA